AUGAGUUUUACUGGCUUUGGUUUAAAAAGCCGUGAAAAAACUCCUGUUUUUAAUCCCUUAGCCGAUUCCGAUUCAGCUUCAGAAGCUGAAAAACCAUGUAAUGAUUCUGAUUCUGAAGAUGCCUUAGAUGCUUUUAUGGCCGGUAUAGAAAAACAAGUUGAAACUCAAAAAAAUAGGGAAGGGCCAAAGAUUGUAAGGGAGGAUUAUGAAUCCGAAGAUCAACACGAGGAAUUGUAUAAAUUUUUACAGCAGAAAAAAGUAGAAGAAGUUUCUAUGCUUAAAGAUAUGGAAGCAGAGAUUGAGUACGACAGCGAUGACAAUCCGAUUGUGGUGACCAGGGAAAUACUUCCUUUACCUCCCCUGGAUCAUGAAAGUAUCAGCUAUAUGGAUUUUAAUAAAAAUUUUUAUUGUGAGCACGAGACCAUAAAGGCUCUUUCUAACGAGGAAGUAAAGCAGUUUAGAUCUAAAAUGUCAAUGCGAGUUUCUGGAUUGGACCCCCCUCGACCCGUUUGCAGUUUUGCUCAUUUUGGAUUUGACGAUAGAUUAAUGCGACAGAUCAUCAAGAUGGGAUUUACUGAGCCUACUGCUAUACAGGCACAAGCCAUACCAGCCGCAUUGUCAGGCCGCGAUGUUAUUGGCAUUGCUAAAACAGGCUCUGGAAAAACAUGUUCUUUUUUAUGGCCCAUGUUAGUCCACAUUAAUGAUCAGCCUGAAUUACCUAUGGAAGAAGGCCCUAUUGGUUUGAUUUGUGCGCCAACUAGAGAACUCGCACAACAAAUCUUUGUUGAAGCUAAACGUUUUUCCUCGUGUUAUGGAUUUCGUGUUGUAGCGGUUUAUGGUGGGGAUAGCAAAUACGAGCAAACUAAAUCACUGAAAGACGGUGCCGAAAUUGUAGUAGCAACUCCUGGACGCUUAAUUGACCACGCAAAAACAUUGAAGCAAAAUUUUAGUUUUUUUAGAGUUACCUUUUUGGUUCUAGAUGAGGCGGAUCGGAUGUUUGAUCUCGGCUUUGAGCCGCAAGUUAAAUCCAUUGUGCAAAACACGCGUCCCGAUAGGCAAACCAUGCUUUUUAGCGCAACUUUUAAGGGAAAAGUAGAGAAACUGGCUCGUGAGUGUUUGACGGAUCCAGUAAGAAUAGUUAUUGGUGACGUUGGAGAGGCCAAUGAAGAUGUUACGCAGCAUGUCCAUAUAUUUCAAGAGCCAGCGCUGAAGUGGACGUGGUUAACAGAGAACAUCGUCUCGUUCCUUUCUGAGGGAAGCGUGUUAAUUUUUGUUAAUAAAAAAGUCCACUGUGAAGAGCUUACUAAUAAUUUAAAAAGUUCCGGUUAUGAAGUUUGCUGUCUUCACGGAGAUAUGGACCAAGUUAAUAGAAAUUUAGUACUUAACGAGUUUAAAAAAAACAAAAUACCUCUGCUAGUGGCCACAGACGUGGCGGCACGUGGCUUGGACAUUCCGCUUAUUAAAAUUGUGGUUAACUACGAUGUUGCUCGAGAUAUCGACACACACACCCACCGGAUUGGUCGGACAGGCCGGGCAGGCUCCAAGGGGACCGCCCAUACUUUGCUAACUCCUAAGGAUGAAGUGUUUGCCGGGCACUUAGUUAGGAAUCUUGAAGGAGCAAACCAGAUUGUACCUACCGAAUUGUUGGAACUUGCAAAGAAAAAUCCUCGAUUUUUGAAGUCGCGGUCGCAUGGAAAAAACAAGUCAGGCGUAGGGAGAUUCGGGGCCCGAAGCCAUUUGGGGAUAGGAAUGAAGGACACGGAUCAGGUUGUCCUCAAAAAACAAAAGAAGAAAAAAGCAGAUUUUGUUUCCUUUGGGACAUCCCGCUCUCAAGUAAUGGCCCAGUUCAAGUCUACUUUUGUUUCGGGAUCGCACCUUACCAACAUCGACACUGAAGUGAUUUCCAGGUGCGAAGAGAAAGAGAGGCAACGCAAAGCGAAGAAGGAAGAGGAAAAUGGGAAAGUAAAAGGAGAGAGACAACUAGACUCUGCUUACAAAAGGCGAAGAUUUCACUAGUGAAUUAAAGGGUCAUGCCCAGCAAAAUAAUGUGUAGACCGUUCACUUUUUUUGUCGUACAACGUUGGAGACAUAAUUACCCCUUGAGUCAUUUGGAAAUUCUGUGCGAAUGAAGUUACAAUAA